AUGGCUUACAAUGACCGUAAUCCUCCUCUAGAGGACGAUGAAGACCAGCCGUUGUUGCUGUCGCAACGCUCUACCAGAGAGGUGCUGGAAAGGAACCUCCUGCGCAAGGUCGACAGGCGAAUGUCGAUUCUGGUGCUGAUAUACAUCCUCAAUUUCAUUGACCGGAAUAAUGCAUCCGCCGCAAGGCUUCGGGGUUUCGAAGAGGAUCUCAAUCUCCAUGGCACACAAUUCGCUAGCAUCUUAUCUGUGCUAUACAUUGGAUACAUCAUCAUGCAAAUACCCUCAAAUAUGUUUCUUGAUUACGUCGGAAAACCCUCUUUGUACUUGCCCAUAUGUAUGAUAAUAUGGGGCGGGAUAUCAGUAAUGACAGGAUUCACGACCAAGCAUGUCCCUCACUUCUUUGGUGCCGUUUGUACGCGAUUCUUCCUCGGUUUCGUGGAAGCCGCAUUCUUUCCCGGUGCUUUAUUUCUCAUCUCAAAGUGGUACAAACGGACCGAGCUCUCGCAAAGAACUGCUCUCCUUGCAUGCGGAAGUCUUGUCAGCAACGCUUUUGGCUCCUUGAUCGCCUCCGCCAUUCUUGACAGCAUGGAGGGUCGAUUAGGCUAUGCUGCAUGGAGAUGGCUUUUCUUCAUCGAGGGCAGCCUUACCGUAGUUGUAGCUAUAUGCGCUAUAUUUAUACUUCCAGACUUUCCUGAGACGUCUUUUGGCUGGUUGACUCCUGCUGAACAGGCUCUCGCACAAAGGCGAAUGCAAGAAGACCACGGGUCAGUCGAAGACGAAAAGGAACCUAUCAGUGGGCUUCAACUGGCAUUAACAGAUGGUAAAGUUUGGUGGCUGGCCAUCGCUCUCAUCUUCUUCAACGUAUCCCUGAGCUUUAAUGCAUACUUUCCGACACUCAUGUCAACUCUGGGAUACUCCACCAUGAUAACUUUGCUCCUUUGUGUCCCACCUUGGGUAUUUGCUACCGUAGUUGCAGUUGGUGUGUCCAGACACUCUGAUCACACUGCCGAACGGUUCUGGCACCUAUCGGGCUCUUUCUUGGUUGGCAUUCUUGGAUUCCUCUUGGCCAUGUCGACAAUGAAUGUCGGAGCCAGAUACAUAUCUUUAUUUUUCCAGGCUCAAUCAUAUGCCGGAUUCAUUUGUUUUCUUGCGUGGGCUAGUGGAUCUGUGGCUCGACCACCGGCCAAACGAGCAGUGGCUCUCGCAUUGAUCAAUACUGUAGGGUCUUUGGGAAAUGUAGUCGGAUCUUAUGUGUGGCCGAAACCAUGGGAACCAACAUACUCGAAAUCGUUUACUCUCUGUAUCUUGGCGAGUGCCACAGGAUUGACGAUGUGCUGGUUAUUCAAACAACACUUGGUAGCGCUGAAUGCCCACGAAGAGAAACGAGAAGUAGAGAUAGGCUCUGAGAGAGGGUAUAGAUACCUAUUGUAA